AUGGAGAAGGAGGAGCCGGCGGCGGCGGAGCUUGAGAUCCCCGCCGGCUUUAAUACCAACAGGUCGGAUCUAGUUUAUGUUAUCAUGCACUCCAUGCUUGUGCUAGGAUCAAGCUUUUGUCCCCUGCAGUGCCACAGCUUUGGGCAAGUCACUUGGCUCGGCUGCGGCGGCAUGGUCCUCUGCACCGCCAUCAACCACUGCCUCUGCGACGGCAUCGGCACCGCGCAGUUCCUCCACGCCUGGGCGCGCGCUGUGCGCGGCGGCGGCGGCGGCCACGACGCACCGGACGCCGGAGCCGACGACAACGACCCUGCCCUGCCGGCGCCGCCGUUCCACGACCGCCGCGCCCUGCGCCCGCGCUGCCCGCCGCGCGUCGCGUUCACGCACCCGGAGUACAGCACCCGCGGCAUCAGCGCGGCCGUCGCCAACGGGAACGGGAACGGGAACGCGAACGAGGCGCCGCCGAGCCUGCUGGCCCGCUUGCUGGGGCAGCCGCUGGCGCCGGUGUCGCUCACCUUCACGGCAGCGCACCUCCUCCGGCUCAAGCGGCAGUGCGCGCCGUCGCUCAAGUGCACCUCCUUCGAGGCGCUCGCCGCGCACGUGUGGCGCGCGUGGGUGCACGCCCUGGACCCGCCGGGCGCGCUCCGCGUGAAGCUGCUCUUCUCCGUGAACGUGCGGCGGCGCCUGAAGCCCGAGCUGCCCCGGGGCUACUACGGCAACGGCUUCGUGCUCGGGUGCGCCGAGUCAACGGCGGCGCAGCUGCUGACCUCUCCGUCCUCCUCCUCGGCAUCGCGCUACGGGGUGCGGCUGGUGCAGGACGCCAAGGACUGCGUGGACGACGAUUACGUGCGCUCCAUGGUGGACCUCCUGGAGGAGCGGCGCGGCGCCCGACCGGACCUGGCGGCGAGCCUGGUCAUCUCGGCGUGGACGCGCCUGGGGCUGGAGGACCUCGACUUCGGCGCCGGCAAGGCCGCGCACAUGGGCCCGCUCACCAGCGAGAUCUACUGCGUCUUCCUCCCUGUAAUGGGCGACCCGCAAGGCGUCACCGUGCUCCUCUCCGUCCCGCAGGCCGCCGCCGACAAGUUCCAGCACUGCUGCCUCGAAUUCCUCAAGGACACCGACGUGGACGCAAAGCUCAGCUGA